AUGACUGACAACAAUGUUGAUGAAAGUUCGCCUUGGAUUUUAUAUUCUUUGUACAAAUUAGAAUCAUUAGUUAUAACAAAUACUGGCUUUUCAAACGCUUCUUACGAUGUUUUCCAUAAUCUAACUCAUCUACGAUCCUUAAACAUUGCCGGUUGCGGUCUCAAAAAGAUUAAAGCAAGUUUAUUCAAAAACUUGAAUCUAUUAACAAACUUAAAUCUUGAUAACAAUGAGUUAGAAAUGAUCAAUAACGAAACAUUCUUGGGCCUAUCUAAUUUAAAGAAAUUAUCCCUUCAAAUGAAUAAAAUAUCCUAUAUAGCUACUAGCGCUUUUUCGAUGUCGCCUUUAUUGGACACAUUGCAAGUAUCUGAGCGGCAACAAUUUACUUAUGAAAGAUUUCUUUUCCAUACAGUUCAUGGGAAAAAUUCUGUUCGUAAAUGA